AUGACAAUUGUAUAUGCUCACAACCAACUCAACAAAAGAAGGGAACUUUGGGAUCAUAUACAAGGCUUAACUAUAACAAUUAAAGAUCCUUGGGUUGUAAUUGGGGAAUAUAAUAAUGUACUGACAGUUGAUGAUAGAGUAGGGGGUUGCCCUGUUCAUGAAGUGGAGUAUCAAGAUCUUGAUAUGAUGAUGAGGAUGAAAAUCACAGGGUUAUUUGAGCACAACACAACCGAGAAGCACUAUACUUGGUCUAAAAAUCACACUAAUGGGGCCAUAUACUCAAGAAUAGACAGAGCUAUUUGUAACAAAUAA